CUGUCCUAGCGCUGCGGCGCCUUUGUGAGCGCGGCCGGCGGCCAGGAUCGAGCCCUGGCCCGGGCCCUGGCCCAGCCCCGGCCUCCAAGGACCGCGCGAAGGAAGUACCCACCGGAGGGAGGAGGCGCUCUACUUUCUCAGGAUACCAUCCCUCUCCUGGAGAGGAGUCUGAAGGAGUAGGACAGAAGAACUGUCAAAUUCUGGAAUCCUUAAAGCCAUGUCCAAGGAUUUGGUGACAUUUGGGGAUGUGGCUGUAAAUUUCUCUCAAGAGGAAUGGGAAUGGCUGAACCCCGCUCAGAGGAAUUUGUACAGGAAAGUGAUGUUGGAGAACUACAGGAGCUUGGUAUCACUGGGAGUUUCUGUUUCUAAGCCAGAUGUGAUCUCAUUAUUGGAGCAAGGAAAAGAGCCCUGGAUGGUGAAGAAAGAGGGAACAAGAGGCACAUGCCCUGAUUGGGAGUAUGUAUUUAAAAACAGUGAAUUUUCAUCAAAGCAAGAGACAUAUGAAGAAUCAUCCACAGUUGUGACAGUGGGAACAAGACAUCUUAGUUAUAGCCUUGACUACCCCAAUUUGAGAGAAGACUGUCAAGGUAAGGACUGGUAUAAGAACCAGCUGGGAAGUCAAGAGGUACGUCUUAGUCAAUUAAUCAUCACUCAUAAGGAAAUCCUUCCAGAAGUUCAAAAUAAAGAAUAUAACAAAUCUUGGCAAACAUUCCACCAGGAUACAAUCUUUGAUAUACAACAGAGUUUUCCCACCAAAGAAAAAGAACAUAAGCAUGAACCACAAAAGAAAAGUUACCGGAAAAAAUCUGUUGAAAUGAAACAUAGGAAAGUCUAUGUAGAAAAGAAACUUUUGAAAUGUAAUGACUGUGAGAAAGUCUUCAACCAGAGCUCAUCCCUUACUCUUCAUCAGAGAAUUCAUACUGGAGAGAAACCCUAUGCAUGUGUUGAAUGUGGGAAAACGUUCAGCCAGAGUGCAAACUUGGCACAACAUAAGAGAAUACAUACUGGGGAGAAACCCUAUGAAUGUAAAGAAUGUAGGAAAGCCUUCAGCCAGAAUGCACACCUGGCCCAACAUCAGAGAGUUCAUACUGGAGAGAAACCCUAUCAGUGUAAAGAAUGUAAAAAAGCCUUCAGCCAGAUUGCACACCUGACUCAGCAUCAGAGAGUUCAUACUGGAGAGAGACCUUUCGAAUGUAUUGAAUGUGGAAAGGCCUUUAGUAAUGGUUCAUUUCUUGCUCAGCAUCAGAGAAUUCAUACAGGAGAGAAACCUUAUGUGUGUAAUGUGUGUGGGAAAGCCUUUAGCCAUCGUGGAUACCUAAUUGUACAUCAGAGAAUUCAUACUGGAGAGAGACCCUACGAAUGUAAGGAAUGUAGGAAAGCCUUCAGCCAGUAUGCACACCUUGCUCAACAUCAGAGAGUUCAUACUGGAGAAAAACCUUAUGAAUGUAAAGUAUGUAGGAAAGCCUUCAGCCAAAUUGCAUACCUUGAUCAACAUCAGAGGGUUCAUACUGGAGAGAAACCCUAUGAAUGUAUUGAAUGUGGGAAGGCCUUUAGCAAUAGUUCAUCACUUGCACAACAUCAGAGAAGUCAUACUGGAGAAAAACCCUAUAUGUGUAAGGAAUGUAGGAAAACAUUUAGCCAGAAUGCAGGCCUUGCUCAACAUCAGAGAAUUCAUACUGGAGAGAAACCUUAUGAAUGUAAUGUUUGUGGGAAAGCCUUUAGCUAUAGUGGAUCUCUUACUCUACAUCAGAGAAUUCAUACUGGAGAGAGACCCUAUGAAUGUAAAGAUUGCAGGAAAUCUUUCAGGCAGCGUGCACAUCUUGCUCAUCAUGAAAGAAUUCAUACUAUGGAGUCAUUCUUGACUCUUUCCUCUCCCUCACCCUCCACAUCAAAUCAGUUGUCAAGACCUGUAGGUUUCAUCUCCUGAAUAUGUCUGAAAUCUCACCUCUUUAAUCCAUUUCCAUUCUAUCAUCCUUGUCCAAUGCACAUUAAUAUAUUUGACAUGGGAUACUCGAGUAGCUUUCCAAUUGGUCACCUUGUAUUCACCCUUGUCUGUGUCAGCUGUCCACAUUGCAGCCAAAUUUGUAUUUUAAAAAAAUAUGUUGAAUAUCAUUUCUCCCUCAUUAAAAUUCCUCAGUGGCA